AUGCGUAUGAUCAACCAACUUAUUUGUCAACUAUUUUCAUCUCAAUGUCAUUUAACAUCACUUCGAAUUGAUUUAAGUCAUUAUCUUAUUGAUGUUGAUAUUGAUGAAUGUUUAACAUCAAAUUCUUAUAUAUCAUCGAAUUCUGUUGAGUAUCAACGUCAAUCUUUUUGUUUGACUCUUCGUCGUUUAUAUAUUCGAAUUGAAGAUUCAUGGUUUCUUGAAAAUCUUAUUUAA